AUGUGUGUUCACAUCCAGAACGUUCCUCCAGUCUACAGACAGAAACGCAGCACUGUAAAUCACAUCUCAGCUGCCAAAAUGGUAGUUCUUGUCCAAUGCUAUCAGGAUGCAUUGGACUGUGGCAAGGUGGGAAACCACGGGACGUUGUCGCCGCAAGGGGCUGCGGGGACAGUGCCCGUGCGAGCGAAGGGGAGCGGGCACACCUGCGAGCAGCAGGUGAACCGUGCGCAGGUGCUGCAGGGCCGCGCCCCUGCGCCGCGGAGCCGAGCACCCUCGGGCGGGGUAGGGCCGGAGCUUCCACCGCCGUCGGCAGGACCCGGCGGGGCUGAGGCGAGCACCGGGCGGCCAGGACGGAGGUCACCGCACCGGCACUACCCCGAGGCGGGCGGCCCGGCCCGGCCCCGCCGCCCGUCCCCAGUGCCGGCCGAGCGGGGCCGCGCCGGGCCAUGGCCGAGCGGGGCUGCCCCGGGGCCGGGCGGAGGGGGCGCGCCGUGGCGGGCGGACGCGCCGUGGCCGGAGCAGCGCCGGAGGAGCCGCUGGAGCGCCGCCGCUGCCGGUACCUGCGCACGGGCCGGGGUGAGCGCGGCGGGCGGGAGCCGCCCCCACCGUCCCGCCGAGCGGAGCGCCCGGCCCGGCUCCCCGCCGGCCUCCCGGGCGCUCCGCCGCGGCCGCCGACCCACCUUGGCCUCCCCUGCAGCCUGCUGCCAGAUGGUGGAGGUGCUGCUCGCCGUGCUGGUCCUCGUCUGCAGCUCCGUGUCCGGCGGCUCGGCAGGAGGAUACACCGGCCUCCCCGCCCUGGGGGGCAUCUACUACUACCAGUACGGCGGGGCCUACAGCGGCUUCAGCGGAGCGGACGGGGAGCGAGCCCAGCAGCUUGACCAGCGUUUCUACCUCCUGAAGCUGCCCAUUGCAAGGGCAGCGAUGGCCGUGGGAGGGUGUCUCCUGGUCUUCCCUUGUAUUCUUAUUUUGGUUGGUGUUCUACAGGUACCAUGGCAUUUCCCAGCAUGGCUGCUAGUUGAAAGCGCCCUGGACAUAGCGAUUGCAGUUGGCACAGUGCCUGCUCUGUACUAUUUCUUCCAUUCCAUGGUGGGAGUUUAUAAUUCAUCAGUGUGCAAAGAGAGAGAGCAGCUUUAUCAAAGCAAAGGCUAUCAGGGCUUCAGCUGCAGCCUGCACGGGGCAGAGGUUGCUGUUGGCCUUUUAGGCUGCAUGGCCACUGUGGCAUACCUGUUGAGUGCAGUCCUGGCUGUCAGAGGGUACAGGGCAGUUUCCCAACAGAAACAGAAGCCAGUACAAUUAUAAGAGCUUUCAAAUGAUUCCUCCACUCUAGUAAAAUGGUCAUGAUUUUUGCCAGUCUCCUUAGAUGAAGCAGUAUGCUUUCCUUGCUUCUAGGCAGUGCAGCCUUAAUGCUGCAGCAGAACACACACCAAGUGGGUGUAGCUCUAAAUAUGGUAGUCAGGCUGUUCCUAACUUGAGUUUGUGUUAUUGAAUUAUUAAUGACUCAAAGCUAAUCCAGUGACUUGUCUCCUGCCUCACAGGCAGCCCUUCAAUCCCACUGUUGGGUGUCCUGUUCUCCUCCAGUGAGGUCUUGCUACAAGUCCUGCCACUACAUCCUUCUGCUGCUGAACAGCUUUGUGUAGCCAAAACUGCCAUUACAAAAGACACAUAACUUCACUGAGAACAGAGCUCUUAAAAACAAGGGGUUGAGGCCCAUGGUUGUGGCAGCUAAAUAUUGCUUCCUUGUAGGUCUCUUGGAAUUAACAGUGCAGUAUGAACAUAGCAUUUAUAAGGCCAUCCAAAAAUCCUAAAAAUACCUUGCAAAAUGAUGGAUACACUCCAUAUAACUUGUGACACAGUGCCAUUUCAAACUCCUGGAGAGGGCUCAUUUUUGUAUGAAAUAGUCUUUUAUAUAACUUGUAUACAACAGUUUUGCUUAAAAAGAUACCCUGAGUUGGGAUAAUCAGACAAAAGCUUUAAGAGAUCAAAGUGGUUUAAUGUACAAGUAUAUUGUUUUCAAAAUACAUUUUAAUGUACAAGUUGGGGAAAUGAGAUGCUACUCAUAUAUUUUCUUAGAAAGACUUUUAUAUGAAAUUUAACUGGGAAAAGUAGCACUAGAAUCACCAAGUUGUGCCUCAAAAUGAAAUGUCACUUCAGAGCAGUGCCCACUAUGUGCAUUGUUCAUAUGAGAAUGGAAUGACCAUGGCCUUACAGAUGAGUUCUGCUCAUAUUAAAUAAACUAAACACACCAGAAA